AUGGCCGAGCAACCGAACGGAGAGGCCUUGGUCUCUUCCCUAUGGACCAGGUCCCUACUCUCGGGCGCCCUCGCCGGUCUCACUGUAGACUGCUCACUCUACCCACUUGACACCAUCAAGACCCGACUCCAAAAAGCACGCGACCCCAGCGCACCCCAAGCUGCCCGAGCUUUAUCUCUCCGCCAAACAAUCCGCGGCAUCUACGCCGGUCUUCCCUCCGUCCUCUUCGGCUCCGCACCUUCCGCCGCAUCCUUCUUCAUCGUUUACGACGGUGUUAAGCGCUCUCUCCUCCCAUCAAGCUCUACUGAUACUCCCUCCCGCGCAUACAUCCUGUUCACCCACUCUAUCGCCUCCUCGCUCGGUGAAAUCGCCGCCUGCGCCGUGCGCGUACCUACCGAAGUAACCAAGCAGCGCGCCCAAGCCGGACUCUUCGGCGGCUCAAGUCUACUCGCCUUAAAAGAUAUCCUAUCUCUCCGUCAUGCUACACAAGAUCCUACAGCUCAGUCUUCGAGUACGGCCCCUGUGAAACGGGGCUAUGGUCAGGUUAUCCGUGAACUCUACCGCGGUGCCGGUAUCACCAUUGCUCGAGAAAUCCCGUUUACGGUCCUGCAGUUUACUAUGUGGGAAUCUAUGAAAGAGGCUUAUACGAAUCGCUACCUCCGGCCAUUCGCUUCAAGCGCGAAGUCCGUUACUGAGACUCAGAUCCCGGCUUCUACUAGCGCUAUGUUCGGUAGUGUUGCUGGUGCUAUUGCGGCGGGUCUGACGACGCCGUUGGAUGUUAUUAAGACUCGUGUCAUGCUUGCGCGCCGUGGAGGUGCAGAUGCGCCUGUGCGGGUUAAGCAAAUUGUGCGUGAGAUUGCGCAGGAAGGUAUGGGUGCUUUCUGGCGUGGAAUUGGGCCCCGGGUAGCAUGGAUUGGUAUUGGAGGUGCGGUAUUCUUGGGUAGUUAUCAGUGGGCGUGGAAUACAUUAGAGGGGAGGAGGGAGGAGAAGGAACGGGAGUGA